ACAACUUCAAUUCAAGGAACUCAUUCUACGUUUUUGUAUAUUUUUAUUUAGCCGUUUGUGUUUGUGCCUUUGUGGUAGUUUAUUAACCUGGAAGUGAUUAGUGAACCCACUGAAGAAGGCUAUCGGAUACAUUACCUAUUAAUCUGUGCAUUACAUGCAAAGAGUAAAUUAAUUUACUAAAGGUAUACAUAUUUAUGUGACAUUACAAUUGUGGGAAUUCUGCCCAAAACAAAUGUAAGACGUGGUAUUAAAUAUGGAAACAACCGAAGCAACACACUAUUGUAUGGGAUGUUUAUCUCAUAGAGACGAUAAACACACUGAGUCCUAUAAUAUUCAAAGCGAGGCUUUGAAAGCAGUGCUUCAGCUAAACAGUGUUAUGUUAUGUAACAUUUGUACGAAAUUUGUGCUCAAGAGUGAACAGUUCAUACAGAAUGUGCAAAGAAAUCAGAAAUAUUUGAAAAACUUCCAAGACCUUGCAGAUUCAACAAGAUUUGUCACUCAGGAGUUGGUCAGUCUGUCGGUUGUAUCUUUGUAUUCAUAUAAUCUGACGGGUAACAAUGAUGACUCAGAGAUGCCCAUUGUUUCUGGACUAUGUUCACAAACCAAUGAGGUUGCAGUUAAAUUGGAACCCAAAGUGGAAUUGACCAUAGAAUAUUUGGACCAAGAAUUCUUGGAUGAACAUGAUUUUCAAGAAUCUGCUAUCAAAGAAAAGAAUUGUGUAUUGGAAAAUUGUAAAGAAGAAAACAGACAAACCCUUGACAAUAUCAGCUUAAAACAACUUGAGGUAAAGACAGAAAAUAUUAAAAAUAAAACCUUACCACCAAAUAAGAAAAUUCAACGAGUCAAAGUAAAAAAAGAAAAACUCAAGAAAAGGCAAAAACCAGAGGAAGAUCCAAACAUACAAAUGUAUAAGAUAACAUUGGAACAAUGUAUGAAACUUAGAGCAAAAAUGCGAGAGGACCCCAACUUUAUCAACUCAUAUUACAAAUGCGAGGACUGUAUCAAAGGGUAUAAUUUCCAAGAAACUUAUAACAAACAUAUGGAGGUGCACAGUAAGGAAAGAGGGGAAAUUGUGUGUGAAAUAUGCAAGUGGAGGACUGACACUUCACAAAAACUAUUGGUGCAUAAGCGAUGCCAUUACAUCCGCUACCGGUGCCGCAAGUGUGGGCUGACCCGCGGUCACCGGAAACUCGUCCUAGAGCACCACACCACCACCCAUACGAACGACGCCUGCAAGUACAAGUGUCCACACUGCAACAAAGGGUUCAAACGGGCACGUAACCUAACGAAGCACUUAGCUGUACAUGAAAUUGACAAAAGGGUACAGUGCAAAUAUUGUUCGAAGACUUUCAUAUCUAAGGAUGUUUUAAAGUCACAUAUUAUACUAAAACAUCCAAACACAGAAGAGUCUGGUCAAAGUGUAAAACAUCACGUAUGCAAAGAGUGCGGCGCCGGUUUCAUUUCCCCCGGUCUGCUCAAGACUCACAUGUUCAAGCAUUCCGACAAAAAGGAGUUCUACUGCGUGGAAUGUGACAAAGCUUUCAAAUCGAAAGGCGCGUUGAAAACUCAUCUCACGAGUGCAGCCGCGCACGUCAACUAUUCAGACCGAAAAUUACAAUGUGACCACUGCGGGAAGAGGUUUGGAGUGACUCGAGAUUUGGAACAACAUAUGUACAUCCAUAUCGGCCGCCGGCCGUUUCCGUGUGAUCAAUGCGAGAAGGGGUACAGUACCUCGUGGGCCCUAACCCGCCACAAGCAGUACACUCACGAAGGUUAUAAGGACCCCUUGAAGUACCCCUGUUCUGUGUGCCACAAAAUAUUUGCGUUGAAAAAAACGCACAAAGCGCAUAUGCGCAUUCACACAGGCGAGAGGCCGUACGCUUGUUCAACGUGUGGAGCGACCUUUGUCCAGUCCGGCGCGCUCGCCACACACAACAAGUUGGUGCAUCUGCGCCUCACGAGGGACGGCCAGCCCAAGAAACAGGCCGCUAGCUCCUAGACUAUGCGCGGUCAUUCACAAGAAAUAGUCCGCUAGCUCCUAGACAAGGUGUAGUGAUUUACAAAAAAUAGUCCGCUAGCUCCCAGACUAUGUGCGGUCAUUCACAAGAAAUAGUCCGCUAGCUCCUUGACAAGAUGUAGUGAUUUACAAGAAAUAGGCCAGUAGCUCCUAGACUAUGUGGUGAUUUACAAGAAAUAGGCUGCUAGUUCCUAGACUAUAAGCCAUGAUUCACAAGAAAUGGG